AUGAUAUUUCAAAAAGUGUCAAGAGCAACAACAGCCAAGGAAGCUUGGGAUAUAUUACAAGAUAGAUAUGGAAAUUCAGGAAGGGUGAAGAAAGUGAGAUUACAAUCGCUGCUGAGACAAUAUGAGCUCUUGAGUAUGGGAGAGCAAGAAACCAUUGAAGAAUAUAUUGGCAGAAUUCAGGUGGUUGUUAAUGCGAUGUGGGCGUGUGAUAAAGUGGUGAAAGAAAAAAAGAUCGUUGAGAAAAUCUUGCGAACUCUUACACCCCAGUACGAUCACAUUGUGGUGGCGAUCAAAGAAAGCAAAGAUUUGGGAAUUAUGAAAGUUGAAGAGCUACAAAAUUCUCUUGAAGCUCAUGAGCAGCGCCUGAUAGAGAGAAGAGUGGCAGAAAAAAAGGCUAUACAAAGUACAAAUCAGGCACUGCAAGCUAGAAGCAUUCAAAUCUACAAGAGUCGCGGAACUGGCAGAGGCAAAAGAAGAUCACAUAAUGGUCGUGGUGGUCAAAAUGGAGGCAGAUUCACUAAUACUUUCGAAUUGACCAAAGAUGACAACAACAACGAACAAAAGGAAGGAAAUUAUAGAGGAAGAGGAAAGUACAAAGGAAGAGGAGGUAGAAAGAACGUUGACAAGAGAAAUGUACAAUGUUUUACGUGUAAUAAAUAUGGCCAUUACUCAUCUGAGUAUUGGCACAAUGAAAACGCUAAGAAAGAAAAGAGUGAUGAGGCGAAUCUUGCAAAAGAGGAACUGGAAUCGGAUUUUGAUCACGUUUUGUUGAUGAGUUUCGCAAUGCAUGACAGAAACGAUGACAACUGGAGAAUUGCAUAG